CGGCUAGGAUGAGCCGAGAGGACUUUGCAGAGUUCCGCCCAGGCCUGGCGUGAUCGCUGGGCGAGGCGACGGGGAUCUGGGCGCCGGCCUUGAGCAGCCAGCAUCCUCACGGGGCUUCUGUCCCCCUGAGGCCCUCGCCGGCGGCUGGGUGGCGCAGCUGUUUCCGGAAAGACCACCCCCAGCACAGCCGGAGAGAGUGUCCAGCGGCCACAGAGUAGCAGAAAGAUGCCAGUUUAACACAUCAACAGCUGCCGACCCCUCACCUGAUGACAGCACCCCAGUGCACGUUCCCAGUUCCGUCCCGGCAGCCCUCGGUCAGUGGCCUGUCUCGGAUCACCAAGAGUCUGUACAUCAGCAGUGGCGUGGCUGCCAGUGACAAGCUCCUGCUGACCAGCAACCAGAUCAGCACGGUCAUCAACGUCUCUGCAGAGGCAGUGAGCACCUUCCACGAGGACAUCCAGUACGUGCAGGUGCCUGUGACUGACGCGCCCACCUCACAGCUCUGUGACUACUUUGACCCCAUUGCCGACCACAUCCAUUCAGUGGAGAUGAAGCAGGGCCGCACGCUGCUGCACUGUGCCGCUGGCGUGAGCCGCUCAGCUGCCCUGUGCCUCGCCUACCUCAUGAAGUACCAUGCCAUGUCCUUGCUAGAGGCCCAUGCGUGGACCAAGUCGUGCCGGCCCAUCAUCCGGCCCAACAGUGGGUUCUGGAAGCAGCUCAUCCACUAUGAGUUCCAGCUGUUUGGCAAGAAUACAGUGCACAUGGUCAGCUCCCCGGUGGGCCUGAUCCCUGACAUCUAUGAGAAGGAGGUCCAUUUGAUGAUUCCACUGUAAGCCUGAGCCCAGCAGCACCUGUGGUGGGGUCAGCAGUACAGAUCUGUUGUCAGUCCCAUCCCAAGGUCUAAACUUGGACAUUCUGUUUGGUUGAAGCAGAAACACACCAGAUGAUGCUCUCCGCCCCUCCCCCCCCCCAGGCAGGGUCUCAUCUUAGCUCAGGCUGACCUGGAAUUCACUAUGUAGUCUCAGGGUGGCCUGGAACUCACGGCAAUCCUCCUACCUCUGCCUCCCGAGUGCUACAAUUAAAGGCGUGCGUGCCUGGCCCAGGUCAAGACGAGAAGGUUGCUAGCACUUUUAACCUUGCGAUGCAGCUGGGUGUGGUGGUGCAUGCCUGUGACCCCUGCAACUCGGAAACUGAGGCAGGAGGAUCGCAAGGCAAAUUUGAGGCCAACCUGAGUUACACGGUAAGAUCCUGUCUCCAAAAACCAAAACAACAGGCAAUGCCUUGUAAUCUAUAUCUUUACAAAUUAAACUCACUAAUUGUAACAUGGUGAAGGAAAGUUUUCUGUGAAUAGUAGGCUGUGGCACUAGGGUGAGGCAGGUGAUGCCCAGGUCAGAGACCAGUGCCCAGUGCAUGUGGCUGGCUUGGAAUCCUGUGUCCCUCCCCUAGAUGGUCAGUCCAGGGAUAAGUCUACGUUUCACCUUGUUCCUUCAGAGCCAGAGCCUUAGCUGGGCAUGAUGGCACACGCUUUUAAUCCUAGCACUUGGGAUGUAGAGGUAAGAGGAUUGCCAUGAGUUCAAGGCCACCCUGAGACUACAUAGUGAAUUCCAGGUCAGCCUGAGCUAGUGUGAGACCCUACUUCAGAAAAACAAAAACAAAAAAUAAAUAAAUAAAAGUCAGAGCCUUAAGCAUCUGGGCUCCCUCAUACUUCGCAUGUAAGUGCCAGCCUAUUAAAGUGGCCUUCAGCUGGGCGUGGUGGCACAAGCCUUUAUUCCCAGCAUGCCUUUAUUCCCAGCACUUGGGAGGUAGAGGUAGAAGGAUCGCCAUGAGUUCAAGGCCACCCUGAGAAUACAUAGUGAAUUCCAGGUCAGCCUGGGCUAGUGUGAGACCCUACCUCAAAAAAACAAGCAACAAUAACAAAAAAGUGGCCUUUAAGCAAUGUUCUAGGGACUCCCUCUUCUGCCACAUUGGCCCAACUCCUGUUUUCUAGAGCAGACUCAUGCAGAAGACAGUGGAAUCCAGUCACAGUGGUGAAGUUUGAAAUGGUCCCUGACUAUCAGCCACCUUGAUAAAGGCAUUUCUCCCAUCUGUGUACAGCCCUUUAUUUACAACUGCAGUGGGCUUAAAUCUUAUGUCAAAAUAAGCCUAUACUGGACUGGGAAGAUGGCUUAGCCGUUCAGGUGCUUGCCAACAAAGCCUAAGGACCCAGGUUGGAUUCCCCAGUACCAUGUGAAGCCAGAUGUGCAAUGUGGUGCAUGUAUGUGAAGUUCAUUUGCAGUGUCUGGAGACCCUGGCUUGCCAGUUCUCUCCUUCUCUCUGUCUCAAAUAAAUAAAAUAUUUUUUAAGGAAUCCAUACUGGGAAGUCUUUCCAGAACUGCUGCAAAUGUGACCUAGAAGUCUUGAAGCAAGGAUACACAUCCAGCUUUUCCCAAAAAGUCUUGUUCAGAUUGCCAACCACGAAAGCCACUGGCCCAGUCUGGUCAACUGUUGGGAUCCAUGCGCACAUGUCACAAGGCUCUAGGAGGUCCUGAAUUUCCGGGAGGCUCAGAGGCCUUUGAUGCCAGGAUCUAGCUUAAGAUGGGCUUUUUUGCUUUUUUUGGUUUUAUUUUGUUUUGGUUUUCGUUUUUUGAGGCAGAGUCUCACCUCUAGCCCAAGCUGACCUGGAAUUCACUAUAGUCUCAGGGUGGCCUCAAACU